UUUUAAUACCUUUAGCGGCUAGCACAUCCAGUCUUUCUUUAGUUUCCCAGUUCCCAAGACACGAAUACUAUAAAUCGUAAGUGGAUGCUGCUUAUCUACGGAUCAAGUGCGAUUUUUAGGUUAAGCUUGCAGCGUGCGGAACACCUCUACAAUGAGUGCCGUUUCUUGGCCCAAGCUAGAGGUUCCUAAUAAACCGAGCGUCUGAGUUAUAGCUGUAUUUAUGUACAAAAAUGAAAAGUCCCAUGCAAGAGCAAAGGAAGCAGUUCCUUCUCUAACUGACCCACUAGGUUUUGUUUGGCAUGACACUCUCAACCAAUAGGGAACUUCUUAUCUCUGCAUGACACGUGUUGAUGGAAGUAUAAGUCAUCGUUUUGAAUCUUGAGGUUACAGUUGAAUUCGGACAUGGCUCAAGGAAAAUUAAAAGUGAAAACUAACGUACCAACGGUAAAGGAAAAAAAUAAGAAUAAAAACAAAAAUACUCCUGCCAUUCAACGGCGAAAUAAUGCACCUAUUCAGCCUAAAAAAAGGAAGUUUGAAGAAACACAUAAGUUAAAACAAAUGAUUACAAAAACAGUUAACAAAGCAAUGGAAAUUAAAUUAAGAGAAAAAGCUUUAGAAGGAAAAAUGUCACUUACUAAGAAGGAAACAGCUACUUCAAAAAAGAAGUAGUUUAUUUAAAAGUUGAUAAUAAAAAGUAUUCUUCAUUUUUACUGAGGUGAUAAAUGUAAUGUGGACUUUUGUAUUAUAAACUAUACUAUAAAGUUUUUUAAUACAACUACACUUUACCACAUUUGUGAAGAAUAGAAAUAAAGCAAACUA